GGAUGGAGGGAGGGAGAGGAGGCACUGAGCAAGGAAAGGGGCCGACAGAGAGACAGCAGCAGAUAAACCGCAGUACAGACUGCAACACACUUUUAAAGGACAGACUGUAUGUAUGACAGUGUGUGUGUGUCUUAAGCAUGCAUAACAGAGUAAUAUGUGUGUGUAGGAUAAUGGUUGUGUAAUAGCUGAGCGUCUUUCAUGUGCUUUCUGGAGCUGGAUGCAGAGAGCAAUAAUUCUCUUGAGGAAAAAAGGAUACAGACAAGUGAACUGGGGACAGAGGAGUAAACACUUCAGCUGCUUUCACAAACAGGUGCAAGCCCAGCAAACUACUGUAGUAAGCCUAUUAUCAAUGUAGGAGCAUUUUGAUAAAUGCUAUAGACUCUAGUGGGACAUUUCUUUCAUUUGGUUGCUUUUUUUGGCCCAAGAAGAGAACUGUGUCUCUAUCACAAGCAGAGAAGUUUGUUUAGGACCUCUGGGAGCAUCAGAAGAGGGUGUCUCUAUGGUGACGAUGAGUCUGGACCCUGUACAGCUGAUGAGCGGACAAGUCAGUGAGCUCAAAGUUGCCUCUUCAUCCAAUGGGAACAGCAGAGGAUUGUGGGAAGAGAAAGAAGAGUUUGAUCGAGAGCACUUGGGCCUUCCCGCCAAACCAAAACCAGUGACAGAGAGACGAACCCGGAAGGUGGAGGGAGGCGUGUUCUUCCCCAAGCCAGAGAACGCAGUGACUAUCGCUGUUUCUUCUCGGGUCUUGUUUCGAACAGAGCGUGAGCAGAAGGUGUUUGAGCAGAAAGGAGUAGAGGAGUAUCUGAGAUACCAGAUUGAACAUGAGAACGAACCCUUUGCCCCCGGACCCGCUUUCCCCUUUGUCAAGGCUCUGGAAACAGUCAACGCUCGCCUGCGGGAUCUGUACCCACAGAGUGAAGAGCUGUUUGAUAUUGUUUUGGUGACGUACAACCACGCACAUGUAGGAAUCCGGCUUAUCAACACCAUCAACCAUCACAACUUGUUCAUUGAGAGGUUUUGUAUGACUGGGGGAAGCAGUCCUAUUGGCUACCUAAAGGCCUGGCAGACCAACCUCUACUUGUCAGCUGAUGCUGACAAGGUCAGGGAGGCAUUGGCUGAAGGCAUUGCAGCAGCCACCAUGUUCAUGUCAGAGAAGAUAACGGAGGUAUCCGAGUACCAGCUGAGGGUGGCAUUUGACGGUGAUGCCGUCCUUUUCUCUGAUGAGUCAGAGCGCAUCUUCAAGGCCCAUGGGCUGGACAAGUUCUUCGAACAUGAGAGGGAAAAUGAGGACACACUAUUGGAUCAUGGGCCCCUAAAAGGCUUCCUGGAGGUACUGGGGAAGCUCCAGAAAAAAUUUUAUGCUAAAGGCCAGCGCCUGGACUGUCCCAUCCGGACCUACUUGGUCACAGCUCGUAGCGCAGCCAGCUCCGGUAUCCGGGCACUGAAGACGCUCAGGGCCUGGGGCUUGGAGAUCGAUGAGGCAUUGUUCUUGGCAGGAGCACCGAAGGGCCCCAUGCUGGAGAAGAUCAGGCCUCACAUCUUCUUUGACGAUCAGAUGUUUCAUGUGGAGGGAGCGGCAGAGAUGGGCACCAUUGCUGCCCAUGUACCGUACGGCAUUGCUCAGAAUCACAACCCAAAACAGAAUGCUAGUGUGGGGAAGUAAACAGCAGGACUGCAGAUUCCUCAUGUUCUUCAUGUAGCCAGAAACAGAACAGGAGAAGAAGAAUGACUAGAGAAACAUCUUACAGGAUAGCAAAGAGAAGCUGAGAGGUUUCAGCUUGGAAAGGUGAACUUGUACUGUACUGUACUGUAUGUGGAAAUGUGCCAUUUCCAUACUGUAGCAAUUUUAUUGUGUGUUGUAUCACAAUGCAAACUGUCUUAGCUUAAAGCCACCAUGUUAGGAGUUAGAUACUGUACAGGUCAGAGUAGAGGCCAAGCAGAGUGUCCCUCAGCUUUACAUUUCAAAACCUCAGUCUACUCAACACUGAAAUGUUUUGUCAGAUCUUGCUUUGUACAGGAAUUUCAAAGGUGCUCUAUUGUCAUGGUAACCUGAUUGUGUUUUUCUCACUAACACUUGUCUUCAUAAAGAAGACAGCUCUUCAGUGAAUGCUGCAGGGCAGCGAAUGAACAGCUUCACUGACUCCUUUCUGAGCAAAGCACAGCGACUGCACUGUAUUUUGUCAAUAAAUGAGCCCUAAGCACAAAGCAGAGAUAUUAUAAGGUUAAAAAUUAUACUGAUGUACUGUAGAGUCAUAAUUUAAAGAUUAUAUGUCAGUCACUUUAUAGUUUGACAUCACAAGAAUGUAAAAGCAUUUGCAACUAUACAAAAUGUGUUGUAUAUUACUGAAGAUAGUAAUAUUACAGUAUUUUAUUAUUGUGUUAGUCCAAAAGAAAUAUAGAAAGCCAUACACUUGAGUUGGUGCCUUAGUUUCAGUGAAGAUGCUAUUUAAAAACACUUUAGCAGAAUGGAUGAAUGGCCAAACAUUUUAGUGCAAAUUAUUGUCUGCAUAGAAUGAAACCUAAUGAAUUUGGUGUUGUGACUUUGUACAUAGCAUCAUAGGACACAAUUAUAUCUACUUUAAACUUCCCAACAACAUAGGCACUAAUGCUAAAGUAUGACCUAUUAGCAUGCUAAAUAUAGAAUAUUUCAUUGUCCUGAAGAAAGUGAACUACUCCAUCCAAAACAUACAAUAUAUAGACAGACAUAGGUUUUAGUGGACUAAAUUUAAUUACAAUAAAUUCACUAUUCACAACCAUGUUAGCAAUGUGAUCAUGGUCGGGACAGAAAUAUUUUAACUGCUUGUGAUGUGGUUGUCAUACUUGUCAUGUAUAGCACCUCGAACAGGUCGGAACUGUGUUAAAACGUGAGUUCAGUGCUUCAAUUUAUGACACAACAUUUUAGAAAUGAAUUAAACUGAAUUCUCAACAAUUUCAGCUGAACACUUCCAUUAGCACGCUAAAGCUUACUAUGCUAGGAGGCAGUUCUUAGUGUUCUCAAAGCCCAUGUGAGCCUAAGUAUAGCUGAGGCUAACAAAGCACAGGGUAGCCUGAUUAAAGUUGAGGGAAUAUUGAAUUAAAUCCCAUGUGAAAUGUGUUGUGGUUCUUCAAAACAGUGCGCGGAUGUGCAGAAAACAGCAAAUCUUGACUUGACAGCCCUCUCCCGCACACCAAGGCCAGUGCACAGUCACACUGAUAAGGUGGUGACUGAUGUUGUAAAAUGUAGGAAAUAUACACCUGGCAAUCAAUGCCUUAUUUUAGUUACAGUGUGAAAUGUGUUUGUAUAAAAACCACAAAUUUAUCUUUUAUUGACUAGAUGGCAUUAGUGGCCUUUUGAAAAUGUCAAUGCUAUUCACGUGGCCCUGUUGCCACGGGCAAGCGCUCAAAAAUCUUCCACCUAGUUUAGCCUAUAUUUAGAGAUGCUUCACUACUCUCCUUGGCCUUUGGAGGACCACAGAGCUCAGGAAGGUGACAAGCAAUCCACAGGUCUCAUUUCACAGCCAAAACAAAUAAUUAAACAUGUGUCUUUUAUGGCAGCCAUUAAAAUGAUGGGUGAGUUAUCAGAGGAUCAAGUUUCAGCACAAUAACAGUAGCUCAUCAGCCAGAGCAGUUUGGAUUUUAGGGUGGCAUUAGAUUAACACAGAUUAUGCAUGUGUGAAAUUGCAGCAACAUGCAUAAAAUGACUUUUCAACCCUUAUAACAAAAAGGUUUUUAAGUAAGAGAAUGUACAUGAAAAAUAA